AUGUCGAGCACAAUGUCAAUGACCCAAACCGUCGCUGCGCGGUUUGAGACCAAAGACCUCGUCGACUUUGACACCAGCGUCACAUACGGCGACUGGCGCGAUGAGUUCCACAAGCACGGCUGCGUCCUCAUCAAGAACGUCAUCAGCCCCGAGCGAGCUCAGUACUACUGCGACAAGCAGAUCGAGUGGCUCAAGAAUUUUGACCUCGGCUUUGAUGACAAGGAUCCUAGCACCUGGACUGCCGAACACCUCCCCGUCAGCUUCAAGGGUGGCAUGUACUAUUCAUAUGGUGCUACCCAUGAGAAGAUGGCUUGGGAAGCUAGAACGGAGCCCAAGGUUGUUGAGAUCUUUGAGAAGCUUUGGGAUACUAAGGAGCUGCUCUGCUCGUUUGACGGCCUCAACGUGUCCAUGCCUAACCGCAAGGACAUCUCCUGGAGCCCUUGGCCACACUGCGACCAGAACCCUGAGCGCAAGGGUAUGCAAGCAGUCCAAGGUCUUUUGAACUUUGCCCCCAACGGACCCAAGGAUGGUGGCCUUAUGCUAAUGAAGGGCUCCUCCAAGCUCUUCAACGAGUUUUUCGCUCACAAGCGCGAGUCAGCUGACCACGAGGAUGCUCCUCCUCCUGAGAUCAAGUACAUGGAUCUCUUCAUCUUUAGCGAAAAGGACGUCAAGUGGUUCGCGGACAAGGGCUGUGAGAUGAUCAAGGUCAACAUGGAGCCCGGUGACUUUGUCCUCUGGGACUCGCGCACGAUGCACUACGCGAGGUUUCCCGAGGGUGAUCAGAUUCGACAUGUGCAGUAUAUCUGCAUGACUCCUAGGCGGUUUGCCACUGAGGAGGCUCUCGAGGCCAAGAAGUACUGUUUUGAGAACUUUGUUGGCACCACUCACUGGCCGCACUGCAACAUUCGCAUCGCACAGGAGAAGCCCAUGAGGAAUGGUGAAGUCUGCCCCAAGUACAGGACGGAGCCAUUUGAGAAACCUGUUGUGACGGACCAGGUGCUGCGACUGGCGGGUGUCAAGCCAUACACGGAGUAA